AUGAUUACUCACAUAAAUUUCGUUAUUCAAGGUCCUCCAAGAGGUGCUCUCCAAGCAAUGUUAGCGAAUCUAAACGGAGAAGACGAUGCUGUCCCCGCCCAACCCCCCGGUAUAGUUGGCCCACUUCCCAUCAAAAUGUCCGGAGGUAGAGCUCUAGCUGAAGUCCCGCCUAUUGGGAACAUAACCAUUGAAAGAAAUGCCAUUCCGCCCGCAAAUAACGACGUGAAUGAAGCGAUGCCGGGAGGAAACGCCGUGCGAGAUAACGUUGAUGAUGGUUUAGGGCUUGGUGACCUGGCUGGAAUCACGGUUUCAAACGAAGCUGAUCCCUUAAGUUAUGACGUAUGUGAAAAUUGUUAUUUUUUCUUAGGCGCGGUUUAGACGAAGAACUUUUCAUGCGCCGAACCUAAUCAAAUUAAAUACGGCACAAUUUCAGCGACUGAUUUAGAGUUUUAGACGUCGAAGUUAAUCGUACCGUACCAAAAUACAAGUACACUAUAUUAGAAAUUUCAGUGCUAAAUUGCUAAUAUAUCAUAAUAAUGUACAUUAAAAGAAUGUAUGCAUUAGGUUCGGUGCAUGAAAAGCAGGACGUCUAAACCCAUGUCGAACCUGUGACGCAUAAUACGAUAGGACUUGCCUUAUCUUGCCUCGUGUCGAUUGUCGAAACCUGCCUGUAGGCGUUCUGGUCUGCUGAGGUCGUGCUCUUUCUUAUGCAUUGUUGACAAUCUGCAACGCCAAUACCUGAAUUUAUAUUUUGCUUUUGAACUAAUGUAACGGCAUAAUGGCAGAUAGAACUGGGCCAGGGCUAGUCAAGACUAGCAACAUUCUCGUACCUAGAGCAUGCCCGUUCGCAGGUUAUGUGUGGGCGAGACGAGAUUGGACUAGACAUGAAAACUCACUUUUAGGUUUCAAAUAAAGACGAAAUAAGAAGAACUUGGAAUCCAAAGUUCACGUUAAGAAGGUAAGAAAAAAUAAUGCAUUUUUUUCACUCACUUUAUUUUACACUCGUUUCAUUUUGUGUUGAGUAAAGUAAUAAUGUACAUAUUUGUUUUGCAGUCAUUUCGACACGGUUCGUGCGAUAUGUUUCCAUCCUUUUGAGACUGCUGUUCUCACUGGUUCCGAAGAUCACACUGUCAAGUUAUGGAACUUAAAUAAAACUUUACCUACGAGGAAGUACGUACUAAGUAUUAUUCAUCUUAUGUAUAAAUAUUUUAUGAAAAACACUAACUGUACUCAAGAAACUUGUCAAGUAAGCAAAACAUACAUAUAGCAUAGCAUAGCAUAGCAUAGCAUAGCAUAGCAUACCAUACCAUACCAUACCAAUAGCAUCAUACCAUAUUAUACCAUACCAUAUACCAUACACAGCCUACCAUACCACUGCAUACCAUACCAUACCACUACAUACCAUUUCAAACCAUACCACACCAUAUAAUAUCAGAAUUACACUACACCAUAACAUACCACACCGCACCUUGCUUACCCUAUCGUACCAUACAAGCUUCAACUUUCAGUUAUGCUGCCCUGACACACGGUCCAAGCUUCUUUUAGAACUAAAGGAACUUAAUCCAUAUAGCAAUACAUGUAAGCGCUUGAGUAAGGAAUUAUACAAGUUAAAACUUUCGUUUGUUUUGAAUUUUCAGGGGCAAUGCUGUUGAAAUCGAACCAAUACAUUCCUUUAGAGGUCAUAGGUAUGUUUGUUUGUUUGCUGUUGUACGUGUAUACCUCUCACAGCGUGAACUUAGUACGACUUCUCUUUUAUAGCGGGGCCAUUUUAUCAAUAGAAGUAAAUCCAUCGGGAGACACGUGUUACACAGCAAGUGCUGAUGGUACUAUACGAUGUUGGAAUUUGCCAUCGUUAGAAAUUGAUCCUUAUGGGCAGUUUGGUACGUUUUGUUCUGAACGAUUUAUUAUACGAUGUUUCUUCAGAGCUAGUCUCCCUCGCAGCCUGUUCGCUAACCAGUCAAAACUAGAGUCAAAAGACAGAUUGAAUUUUUUGGUCUGAUAUAGACCAAUCAGGUUAAAAGCCAGAUUUUGUUUUUUACAUGCGGCCAGACAGGGAUUUGUGUCAGGACCUCUUCCCUUGCAUCCACCCGCAUUUAAGGAAGGGAAAACUAGGCCUGACACUCAGGCUACUUCAGGGCAGAAUGCGGAGAAGCAUUGAACUUUUGAUUGUCAAAUCUUUUAGACAGAUAGAUUUAUUAAGAUAUUCACAUCGCAGCCCAAAGCUGAAUUGCGUGAUUUACAAAUUUCAAAAAAAUAAAAAAUUACAAUUAAGAUAUCUAAAAUUUAGUAAACAUGCAGUGACCCCAGUGGCCGUUGUCUGAUGGCAAGUGAAUUUUAUUCAGGGCAACUAAUUUUCAUGUCCAACUUCAGAAAAGUAAAGUUACACCACUGUUAGCUUUCCAAUAUUGAACUUUUUAACCUUUUAACUGUAUAGAAAUUCGUUCGACCAGUUCUCCCACUGCUCUAUUUGGCUAUGUUAUACUGCCUCGGAUCUAGCUUUAGCCCACAAAAAAAUUUGAAUCAAGUACAUAGUAUAACAAAUUUACCCGACAAUGAAAACAUAAACUUAAAGAUGGCAAACAAGAUAGAAAAGUGAUUAGAUCUAUUAAGUCUAUCAUUAAAUUAACUUAAAUCUCCCUUAAAUUAAUUUAUACCCCUACCUAAGUAAAACGUUUACUUGCCCGUCAUGAUUUUACUUGCCCCGGGCAAUUGUAAAUGCCGUGCAUGUACUUGAUUCAAUUUUUUUUAUGGGCUAAAGCUAGAUCUGAGGCAGUAUAACAUAGCCAUAUAGAGCAGUGGGAGAACGGGUCGACAUGUUGUCCCCUUAAUUUAUAUCCCUACCUAGGUAAAACCACAGUUAUAAAACGUUUACCUGCUCGUCAUGAUAUUCACUUGCCGCGGGCAAGUGUAAAGUUACACGUCUGGCUAACGAUAUAGCCUACACAUGACAGGAAGAAAUGUCUUGUGAUAUCUAUCAGUAACUGUACGAAAGUUAUUAAAAAAUCUUUUGACCCUAAAGCUGUAAGAUUCUUCAUACCUUGAAGGAAAUAGAUCUCCAAUCUUAGGGGAUGGAUCGUUAAUGACGUUAUUGAACAAUUUUUCUGAAUGAUGAUUUUUUUCUAUAGAUGCUGAUACAGUUGGUAAUGUACUGAUGGGUCACACGAAUGCAGUCUGGGAUUUAGCUGUUCAUUACCAACAAAAUUAUUUACUGUCUUGUUCAGCUGAUGGUACUUGUAGGAUAUGGAAUCCAACAAUUAAAGUACCAUUAGUAAAUACGUACCCUGCUACUAAAGGUAUGGUAUAGUAUAUGGUAUGGUAUCCUGGUAUGGUGUGGUAUGGUUUGAUGUAGUGUGGUAUGUAUUUGUGGUAUGGUAUCAUGGUAUGUCAUGGCAUGGUGUUGUGUGGUAUGGUAUGUUUUGGUGUGGUGUGGUGUGGUGUGGUGUGGUGUGGUGUGGUGUGGUAUGGUAUGGUAUGGUAGUAUGUUAUUUGCGGCAUGAUAUCAUGGCAUGGUGAUGGGAUGUGUGGUGUGAUAUUGUUUGGUGUGGUACGUGGUAUGGUGGUGUCUAGUGUGGUGUCUAGUGUGGUGUCUAGUGUGGUAUGAUAUGAUAUAUGGUAAAUUAAUACUAUGUUUUGUUAAAUUAAUACUAUGUUGAUGACGCGUUGUUCUAAUGAAUCUAUAUCCUUGUGUCCUAUUUCAGAUCAAGGUAUACCAACGUCUAUAGAUUUUGUUCGUAAUGAACCAAAUCAAUUCGUUGUCUCUACAACGACAUCAAUGUGUUCAAUAAUUGACACUGAAACUGGGGCUGAGGUUGUCGCGUUGGAGAGUAAUCGAACGUAUGGUUAGUAUCAGUUUUACUCACACAGCUAUAAAGAUAUUUUAUAUGAGACCCGCAAGAAGGACUAUACCCUAAGCACCGUCGUUUCACCACCUUGGCUUCAUUCUUCUCAUAGGCCGGAUGAUUGAACUUCUUUAUACUUAAAGUUGACCACCGUAUAUGCACCCUUGUAACGCCUUCUUCAAUCCACUUUAUGAACCAGUAAUAUUCCUUUUUAGAUAAUACGCCAGCAACUCAAAUAAAUAAAGUAGCCUGUCAUCCAACGAUGGGUGUAACUGUUACUGCACAUGAAGAUAGAUAUAUACGUUUCUUUGAUAAUAAUACUGGUAAGAACUU